GGCGGGCCUCGCAGAGAAAGGCGGCUGGUUUGAAAAGUGACAACGGCCGGUGGAUUUUAGGAGUUUGCUCGGUUUGUAACUGCUCUUUGGUGAGCUACUGGGACUGCAGACUAGGAGGAGACUACCAUAAUGGAAACUCUGUCCUUCCCCAGAUACAACAUAGCUGAGAUUGUAGUUCAUAUUCGCAAUAAACUGUUAACUGGAGCGGAUGGCAAAAAUCUCUCUAAGAGCGAUUUUCUUCCAAACCCAAAGCCUGAGGUCCUGUACAUGAUUUACAUGAGAGCCUUACAGUUAGUGUACGGGGUCCGGCUGGAGCAUUUCUACAUGGUGAAUGCCGUGAACAUAGAAGUCAUGUAUCCACAUAUAAUGGAGGGCUUCUUACUCAGCAAUUUGUUCUUCCACCUGGACUCAUUUAUGCCCAUUUGCCGGGUGAAUGACUUUGAGAUCGCCGAUAUUCUUUAUCCAAAAGUAAACCGGACAAGUCGUUUUUUAAGUGGCAUUAUCAACUUUAUUCACUUCAGAGAAACAUGCCUGGAGAAGUAUGAAGAAUUUCUUUUGCAAAAUAAAUCCUCUGUGGACAAAAUACAGCAGUUAAGCAAUGCACACCAGGAAGCAUUGAUGAAACUGGAAAAACUCAAUUCGGUUCCUGUGGAGGAGCAAGAAGAGUUCAAACAGCUGAAGGAUGACAUCCAGGAGCUGCAGCACUUGCUGAAUCAAGACUUCAGACAGAAAACGACACUGCUGCAGGAGAGAUAUACCAAAAUGAAAUCAGAUUUUUCAGAGAAAACCAAGCAUGUUAAUGAGCUAAAGUUGUCAGUAGUUUCUUUGAAAGAAGUUCAAGACAGUUUGAAAAGCAAAAUUGUGGAUUCUCCAGAGAAGCUGAAGAACUAUAAAGAGAAGAUGAAGGACACCGUCCAGAAGCUCCGCAGUGCCAGGGAAGAAGUGAUGGAGAAGUAUGAUAUCUAUAGAGAUUCUGUGGAUUGCUUGCCUUCCUGUCAGCUGGAGGUGCAGUUAUAUCAAAAGAAAUCACAGGACCUUGCAGAUAAUAGGGAGAAACUAAGCAGUAUCUUAAAGGAGAGCCUGAAUCUGGAGGGCCAGAUUGAUAGUGAUUCAUCAGAACUAAAGAAACUGAAGACUGAGGAGAACUCCCUCAUAAGACUGAUGACUCUGAAGAAGGAGAGACUUGCUACCAUGCAGUUCAAAAUGAACAAGAAGCAGGAGGAUGUGAAACAGUACAAGCGGACCAUGAUUGAAGAUUGCAAUAAAGUUCAAGAAAAAAGAGAUGCUGUCUGCGAGCAAGUAACCGCCAUUAAUCAAGACAUCCACAAGAUUAAAUCUGGGAUUCAGCAGCUAAGAGACGCCGAAAAACGGGAGAAACUGAAGUCUCAGGAAAUCUUGGUAGACUUGAAAAGUGCUUUGGAGAAGUACCAUGAGGGCAUCGAGAAGACAACGGAGGAGUGCUGCACUAGAAUAGGAGGGAAGACUGCCGAGCUGAAGAGGAGGAUGUUCAAAAUGCCACCCUGAUCAACAGCCACCCGAAAACGGCCUUUCGCUUUCUGUUUGGAGUAGUUAUAUUGAAGCUAAUAGAAGGACCGCAGUAUCAGCUAACUAGCGUGGGUACCAUUGGUUCUCUGUCCUUUUAUGACCGUGUGCUCCCUGUGUUUUUUUCUUGGUGAUGGGGAUACAACUCAGGGCCUUGCAGGCUACACUGACUUGCCUCCCUAGGCUCUAAUGUACCAUGUACUAUGUAGGCUUCUGCUACAGUUAAAGUGACGUGUACAGCUUUUAUGUCCCUACUCUGUCUCCUUUUGUAUGUGCUGGUUGGAAUAAACAAAUAGUUACUGA